UGUAUUCUCCUUCGUUUCGAUACAAAAGUUGCUCGCGAAGGAAACGGAGAGGAGCGGAGAGGUAACCCUAACCCCCAAAUCCUCGAGCGCUUCCUUCAAUCCCCAACACACCCGGCCGAAAUCCUAAAAUCAAACCGCGUCCGGAUCGAUGGCCGGCCGCGCCUCGCUCGAUUCCCCCGGCGACGCCUCCCCCUGGCCGGCGUCGAUUCUCCUCGCCGAGGAGGCGUACGUCGCCGUCAGCAGGAACCACACCACGGCCACAGCCAAAUCGAGGGUCGACCACACCGUGGAGCUCACCUUCUGGAUCGCCGACCCGCCGGCGGUCUCCUUCUACACGUUCCACUGCUCCAAGCCCCCCACCUCCGACUCCGAGGACGCCGCCGACUUGCAAGUUCAGCCACACGUCGUCGGCGCGGAGGGCCGAUUCGUUCUCGUCCGCACCUUCUUCGCUUCCGGCGACGACGAGUUUGAAUACUUCAUCUACAAGGGCGACCCCAGGUCCCCGUCCCUCGAGAGCGUGCCGCUUCCCGAUGAUGAUAGGCUGAGCGGAUGCGGAGGUACCGAGUUCGGAAUCGUGCCCCGCGGCGACGGCGACCAUUAUCUCCUGAUAGCGCUCUGUUACGCGGCGACCUUGAAGGAUUACCGGCUUCAUAUCUACUCGUCCGAGGACAGAGCAUGGAGGACCAAGGAGCUGCUCAACCCAUGUCCUGGGGUCCGUACGAUUACACCGGACAAGGUGAUGCUGCUCCGAGAUGGCGUGCUGGUGUGGGUCGAUUUGCUGUGCGGCAUGCUGGUGUGUGACAUACUUCAAGAACGAGAACCCCUUCGCGCUCGCUUCAUCCCAUUGCCUGAGCCAUUGCCGAGAAACAGAGAACAAAUUUUGAAGCAGUUAAUCCCGGGAGCUGCCAUCAGGCGUUACCGGGAUGUCGCCUGUGUUGAUGGUCUGAUCAAGUUUAUUGAGAUGGAACACCGCGUCACUGUAACAGAGAUUGUAGAUGUUCCUCCUGAAAAGCCAUCUGACCCCAGGAACAAGACUGUGCUCUAUGAUUCUGACUUGAUCAUGCUCUACAAGCGCAAACAUGUGGACAACAAGCCCAAGACGCUGCGCACAAUGAAUGGUUGGAGUGCCAUGACAUGGACUAGGGAGAUUGAGUCUGACUGUUGGCUCAAGGGAGUCAUUGUUGAUGUUGAUGACAUUUUGGUCGAUGACUCGGCGUUUUCAGCCUUACUGUCUGGCCAAAGGAACGAAUCCGCUGGGAGCUUGACAUUCAAGAACAUGUACUCGGCUUGCCCCACCCUGAGCACAGAUGGUAAUGACAUCCUGUACCUCAAGUCAUCAAGGAAAAUGAGUGAUUCAUAUCGAUGGGUGGUUACGGUUGACCUUAAGGAGAAAACACUGAUGAAAGUGGAAGCACCUGGGGCGCACCCUUUUGGAAAAUAUUCUCCUUCGUGUCAAAUAUUCCUUCCCUGUGCAUUGGUGAACCAUCUAAAAAUGACUCCAGGCAUUAAAGUCUCAGCAAUUCAGACCGCACAGACAAGCAGCUCUGCAAAUGAGCCAAAUAACGCAGCUAUCUGUGUCGGCGAGCCUGAUUCCUAUGAAUCUGAAAACAAACGUCCAAGGCUAUUGGCUGAGAAAGUCAACCAUGCACAAGAUUUAGCUCAGAGUACUGUACAGAAUGUUCAUAGCUCAGAGGCCUGUCCUGAUCGAAACAAUAUGCCUCCACAACCAUGCUUCAACAGGUGGGAGGGGCCUGGCUACGGUGGGUACUCAUCAUGCCCCCCUCAAAACAAUCCGCCGCUGCCACAAUGUUUCAACAACUACACUCGACCGUGCAACCCUGUGUAUGCACCGUCGGCCCCUGCCCCUAACAUACAUAGCUACGGCAACUAUCAAUCGUUGUGGCAGCAGCCACUACUACCGGAGCAGCAGAUGGCACCUAGCAGGGCAUUUGGACCUCACGUGGCACCCCAUCCAUACUUCAACAACUGGCGUGGAGCCAGACACCAUGGGAAUUCACAGCAAUACCCUGCCGGUAACUCAUAUUACUAUGGUGCGCACUCAGGCAGUGGCAACCAAGGAUUUGGUUACCGGCCGAUUUACUACGAUUACUGAUACUAACCACAUUUACUGACCCCCUCCGGUAAAACACUCUGCCACCUUUACUGUCUGAAAAAUUCCGAGUUAAUUUGAAUUGGAGGUAUAUAAUUAACUGCCAUAUUCAGUAUAUAUCAUGGGUUCGACUCCUAGAGCAUCACUACUAGUUCCAUGUGAAAAAAAUUGUAAAAUUAUUAGGUUGGAGGUCGAACCUGUGUUCCCCACGAACUGCUGUAAAGCAAGCCUACUACACUACUGCAACUAUAGAUUUCUACCUCUUUUAUCAUUUAAAAUAUAUAUUCAAAUUUUAGUUUCCCCUAUUCAGCUGCAGCUUCCCAGUAAACACUUAGUGGUGUUUUGGACCUCGUGCGGGACAUUGAGGUAUGUUUCAAACUGAAAUUUAGAUGUGGUUGCACAGUUGGCCUUUAAGGAAACUAUGUACGGAAAUAUUAGCCUCACAUAGUUAAGAUACUGUAUAUCGGAACAUACAAGUAAAGUUGUCCUGUAUUAGUAUUCACGGGUGUGAAAUAUGAAAAAACAGCAGCUGUUUUUCUGAAGCGUGAGCACAUCAGUGAAUGGCGCUUAACCUCUUAAAGAGGUUCUUUGAAAGGAGCGAAUGUUUGAUAAAGGUGUGGUAAGGGUCAGAGGGUGAUGGAGGGUGGUGGCUACUUGAAGAUGGAAUAAGGUUCUCCCUGCCUAGCCUUGCCCCGAUGGUGCAUCUAGCGUCGUCGGAGGGCAUGUGAAGGUGUGUCUGAGGUGGAUCUCGCGGGAUUCAGUCUGUAUUUGUCUUCGGUCCAUCUAGUUUAAUCUGAUCUUUGUUCGUCUAUAUUUGUGUGUCUACAUGUUGGAUCCUACAAUUCUCUUCAUCGAUGACAGUUGCUGUUCCGACACGCUGGUCAUGUGGGGUCUUAGCACGAUGUUUCGACUAUCUACUACAACAAAAGUUUGCCCGGCUCCGGUGAGGGAGAGACGAUGACGACGGCAAUGCCUUUGGCUUGCUCCUGUGAUUGUAGUUGUCCGUAGGUGGUCUACGAAUCUAGAUGUAAUAUAUGUUAUUUUUAAUGUUCUUUGUAAUGCUUUGAUGAAUAGAUUGAAAGUUUUUUUCCGAAUAAGGGGCAGCAGU